AUGCUGCCCAGGGUUGUUGGUCUCAUUCUCCUGCUUCUUCUGGCAUCCAAUGUUCAAGCCUUCAGUACAUUCCACACAAAUUGCACGCUUCCGCCCCAACAGACCAGUUUCGUGUCAGCCCCAAAUACCCGUGGCACCUUGCAAAUCCUUUGGUCGUCCCUAUUCACCAUUCUCGCCUGCACUUGGACUGUGCUUCAUCUCAACGUCCCUGAAUAUGUACCGAAACCGGACAUAAAGGACUUUAAAAAAUGGCUUAAAUGGAUGGUGGACAAAUAUCAACAUCCAACAAAGUGGUUCCUCCUUACUGUAUUUGCACCAGAAAUUCCUUUCGCCAAAUACUGGGAUGAUCAGGUCCGGGGGCAUUCUUUGUUUUACCACUACGAAACAGUUUUCAGGAAGAAGAACUGGACGAGGACUCAUGUUCUCUUCGCUAAUAUGGGAGGGUUUGCGCUGCGGUGCACUCCCGAUCCCGAGGAGGGUGAACCCAGUUCGAAGAACGAGAAAGCGACUACGAAAGAUCAAGACGACGACCAGUCCAGUACGAGCCCCCCUUUAGAAGAUGAGACCGCUCUGAUGGGGGGCCCUAGCAUGUUGAAACCAAUGACUUCGGCGUCCUGCUGCGGGAAGCCAGAAAAGCAAAUACAAUCUACCCUCACCGGGAAUCCCGCGAAAAAGUUUGAAGAAGUCUUCUAUCUGUCAGCCAUCGAGGCCUUAAAACUUCUUUGCAGUACAGAAGCAUCUAUACCAGGGCUAGAAAACGUAUCGGAGGAGGAAAUCAAUGCUCGUUCGAAAUCGGAUAUGUUCAUGCGACUCCUUGCCGUGGGUCAAAUUGUCUGGGUAGUUAUUCAGAUCAUAUCGCGGUGGGCCUAUGGCCUGGCCGUGACCCAGCUGGAGGUUACCGUUGUUGCUUUUGCGUUCUGUGCGGUGGGAAUGUACUUCGUGAACCAUGGGAAGCCUAAAGGAGUUGAGCUGCCGAUUCUCUUCGAAUAUCCCGGGUCGAAGGAAGCGCUUGUGAAGAUACUUGGAGAGUCCGCUUUUCCUGACCCUCAAGAAAAACACAAUAAGUGGAAGUUUUACAGAUGCAAGUAUUGCAAUAAAGAGAAGACCCAAAGCCACGGCGGUACCCGAAAUGCCAACAAAAAAAGCAGUGACGGAAAUGACAAGAACCAUGAACCCGCAAAUAAUAACGAUUCAACCGAUGCUAAAUCAGAGGCCAUGCCCAGAAGGGACCCAGAGGCGAAUGCAGACGUCGAAGAAAGUGAGGUAGUGCCCAAAGGGGCUACAAUGACGAUGAUAUGGACAAGUUCUUUGGAUACAUUCACAGCAAUUGUACAAGGGGUACGAGAAACGCUCAAAUCCAGCCGGGGCCCGGGUGAUCCAAUUGGCAAUGGAUUCAUAGACGAAGCAGAAGACCCGAGCAAGUUAAGCAAUGUUCUCACUGACUUGUGGAUGUUCAUCGGCAGUAUGAUCUUUGGGGGCAUUCAUCUCAUAGCCUGGGAUUUUCAAUUCCCCACCUCAGUGGAGAAAUAUCUCUGGUGGGCGGCGUCAUUGUGGUGUACUGCUUGUGUACUGACCGGCACAUUGAUUUACUUGUUACUCAUCAUACUAUUUAAAUCUAUGGACUUCGCAAAUAAAGCGAUGAAAUCUGACAACUCAUCGACCCCCGAGGAUACCAAACCCGAUGACCCAGCCGGACUGGGCGAAUCAGUCUCGAGCACCGGCCCCGACCAAGUCCAAGCAAACCCUAACACAGAGCUUGAUACCAGAUCCAGUCCAGGUCCAGAGAAAAACCCAAGUUGGGAGGCUGAAAAUGCAGCGCCCCCACCCGAGGAUUCAAAGAGAGAUAUAGAAUCGCAGAAAUCACCGCCACAGCGCUGGGAGACGCUCGAGAUCCUUAGGGAUCUAGUAAUAUUUGUUCUUGGUUCAUUCUAUAUUCUUCUAUGGUUUAUUCUUCUCAUAUUGCUUGGUGCCCUGGCGGUAGUUGGUGCGCUUGCCUACGUUGUGGCAAGAUUGUUCAUUGUUGUUGAGAUGUUCAGGACAUUGGCCUUUCUUCCGCCGGACGCUUAUAUUGCUACUUGGUCAUCGGAACUUCCUAAUAUCGGUUGA